CAAGAAAUCUGCCUUGCGACUUCUUUGUAUGUUGGACUGAGGGCACGUGAAUGCGCAUGUCCACACGUACCUCCUCACGAGCCCUACAAUUUAAGGCCAACACGGGUCGAGGGUUAGGUAAGCACCUGGGCUGAUUGGAAUUCGCGGACCCACCCACGCUUCCAGGAACGUGGCGCCCAUCCGACCCUUCCCACAGAUCUGCUGCCACCUCAGCUCGCACCCAAUUUGAGCCCGCUCAACAGCUAUGGCGAUGAUGUGUUUGUACAACCAUCUCAACUAGAUCGGGAUCCUUUUUGCUCCUACAUUCUCAAAGCACAUCAAUGUAUCUUGAUGCGAUUACAGACUCAUGAUCUCUUCGUGACAUUUUGCUCUCCAGCCUCGAUUCAGGCCAUCUCCAAAUCCAUACCAGUCUCCACCGUUUUCAGGCCGUCUUCAUCAUCGCCCUAUCUUAUCAUCCAUCUCAUACCCCUUGAGGCUUGAUCUCAUCAUGGAUUCCCAACCUCGACCGCCCCCUGAUGCAUCGCCGAAUGGGUCGACCUGGAACCCUCCAGACACCUGGAACGUCCUUCCUCAGAAUCAAGGGCCACUCAACACCUCCAGCCUUCCUUACCGUCCCCCUCCAGACAACCAAAACGGUACCACCUACCCGGUCCCUCCCCCAUCAGAAGGGAUCACCCCAUAUCACACAGCCUCAUCUCUCGCACCGACUCUGUCCUCCUCCAAACCCCCGCCGCCGGCUCAUCCCUCGUAUAACCCGCUCCCUCAACAAUAUCAACCACACCAGCAACAGCAACAAUCCAAUACACUAGCCCACGCGUCCCCAAUCCCAAUGCCCGAUCCCAGCCCGCAACAACAACAACAACAACAACCAAUCAUCCAGCAGCCCACAGCCCCCUCCUUCGCUGUUGCUGUCAACGGCACCCAGACCGCAGCGCCAACAGCACCCAUCCGCAGCAGCACCAGCACUAGCAGUCUCAGCGACGCGCGCUCAGCCGCCGAGGCCGCUCUGCGCGAGUACAUGAACCUGCAGCGCCAGCGGGCCAUGGUGGACAAGGUCGGCAUGGUGAAUGGGCACAACGGGGCGGGGCUAGAGGCAGGGGACGGGUAUGGUGGGAGAGGAGGAGGAGGAGGAGGGGAAGCUGCGCGGGUUGGGGAGCGGUUGCGGGAGCAGUCCGGGAUUGUAUUGGGUCGCUUGCGAGGGUUGGCGGGGGAUGUUGGCGAGGUUGUUGGUGAGGCGGAGGGGCAGAGGUGGAGGAGGGUUUUGGUCGGGGGGGUUUUCGCAUCCAUCAUCCCCAUCGUCAAAGCGCUGUUCCGCCGACCGAGGCACGACGAAGAGAGCUCCAACGACACAGAGUAUGCCUUCAAGAAGAGCAAGCGCCUCAUUUCCAGGAUCCUGGCCGCAACCCGCCGACCGGGCAUUGCGACGGUUGCAUUCUUUGUCUUCGCUGUGCUCUACAUAUUUCAAAACGAGGUGUCAUUGCGCGUGGGCCGGGCUGUUCAGAAGAGAGUGAAAAGGCUGCUUACCAAGGUCGAGGCUGGCAGCGAAGAGAUUACCGAGGAUGACCUGAAGUUGCUGAAGGGGUGGAGGUGGAGAGUUCUGGUGUGGACUAGCUGA